CUUCCUGUUCCUGUAGGUCCCGGUUCAAGGUUUCAACUUGCAUACCCAGUUCCUCUACCUUUUAGGCCCCCCAGUAUCUCUCUUGGUCAUCGUCGAAGGACUACUGCAACUCCCACGUUCCAUCUCUGCAUUACAUAAAUUGGAUCUGCCUUAUUCUGAUCUUACCGAACCGGCUUGGGUACCUGUCCCAAUACAUUAAGUAUCUCUCAAGCCAAAGUAGCCUCAACAGGUUUCGUUGAUAGGCAUUUGCGAUUCGGAUUUCGUCAUCCUUUCCACUUUUGGAUCCCAUCCACAGAUUCGUUAGCCUUCGGACUGAAAACGUUUACGCGCGACAACGAAUCGCGACUGCAUUUUUUUUUAGAAGCUGCCUCACAAUUCACCACUGCUAGCGCUGCAGCUAAUCAUAUCCUCCCGUUGCGCAAAGGAAUUCGCAAAAUCAAGAAAAGAGUUAUUAUUUCUUCAGCAAGGAGGCGCGCACACCUGAAACCUCACUGGGUCCUUUCCCUCCAUCUAACACCACCAACAUCACUCACACCAACCCCUCGAGAUCUGAGAUUCUGGGGAUAAACAGAAAAGACAGAAAAGGAAACCAAAGAUGGCCACCUCGGCAUCUUUUGAAAAGGGUGAUACCCUGGAACAUCAAGCGAAAAGCUCGUCUGACGGCAGCCGUCCUGCUGGAGACUCUGGUGUUGAGGCAGAACGUGCUGCACUUCUGGCAGCCCUUCCCGACCCGGAUGCUGGCAAGACCCCGGAGGAGCGCGCAGAAAUUGAUCGCAAGUUAAUGUGGAAAGUCGAUCUCGCAUUGGUGCCAUGGCUUUCUCUCCUUUAUCUCAUGUCAUUCCUCGACCGGACAAACAUUGGCAAUGCGCGACUAGCUGGGCUCGAGAGUGACCUUGGCAUGAAAGCAGAUGGAUCUGACUACAACCUCUCCCUGACCAUCUUCUUCAUCAGCUAUGCUCUAUUCGAGCCUGUCACCAACGCCCUUUUGAAGCGCAUGACUCCUCGCCUCUUCUUCACCGGCAUUAUCUUUGUUUGGGGCGUCAUCAUGACCCUCAUGGGUCUUUGCCACAACUUCCCGGGUCUCCUGGCUGCUCGGUGGUUCCUCGGAAUCGCAGAAGCCGGCCUCUUCCCCGGUGUCAACUACUACCUCUCCUGCUGGUACAAGGGUUCCGAGAUUGGUGUGCGUUCUGCAGUCUUUUUCUCUGCUGCUGCUUUGGCUGGUUCCUUUGGUGGUCUCCUUGCAGCCGCUAUCGCACAGAUGCACGGUAUUGGUGGCAGACCUGGCUGGGCAUGGAUUUUCAUCAUCGAGGGUAUCGCUACCGUUUUCGUCGGCAUCUUCUGCUGGUGGCUUGUGUUUGACUGGCCAGAGAAUGCCCGCUUCCUCAGCCCCGAUGACCGCAUUCGCGUUCAGCGUCGCCUUAUCAUGGACCGCCAGGGUCGCACCGCCGAGGACUUUGACCGCCGCCACAUCUACGAGGCCCUCAAGGACUGGAAGACAUACGGUUACAUGGUUAUCUACAUGGGCUGCUUGGUCCCGCUCUACGCCUUUUCUCUCUUCCUACCCACCAUCCUGCGCGGCAUGGGACACGUCGGUACUCGGGCUCAACUCCUCAGUGUGCCUCCCUACGCUGUGGCCGCCGCCUUGACCGUCACUAUCGGCUUCAUCGCUGACAGGACCAAGAUGCGAGGUUACUGUAACAUUGCGACCGUGUCGAUUGGCAUCAUUGGCUUCGUCAUGCUCAUGGCGACGCAAGAUCCGCGCGUUCAAUACGCAGGCACCUACUUGGGUGCUGCUGGAAUCUACCCUACCAUCUCAAACACCCUUUCCUGGGCCAUCAACAACACCGAAGGCUCCCUCAAGCGCGCCGUCGUUCUUGGCAUGGUUGUAGGAUGGGGCAACCUGAACGGCGUGGUGUCGUCAAACAUCUACCUUGCGCGCGAGUCACCGAAAUUCUACACUGGUCACGGCGUAGUCAUGGGCUACCAAGUGAUCUGCCUCUUGGGCGGCUCAAUCUUUAUGCACUUGGCCUUCCGCAAGAUGAACAAGGACCGCGCCGCCGGCAAGAUGGACGAAAGCUGGGCUGCUCUCAGCCAGGAAGAGAAGUGGGCUCGUGGCGACAGGAGGCCCGACUUUGUCUACACUCUAUGAGCGAUCGACAACAACCCCGGGAGGGCAUCCGUCAUUUACUAUGCGACUUGGGAUCGGCGUUGUCUUUGUGUUUUUUUUUUUUUGCCGUCGAUGAUCUUUUUUUUUUCGACGCCACGAUCAGCUUCUUGAUUUAACAUUUGUUCUUGAGGCAUAUAUUGGCAUAUGUUGUGUUACUUGAAAGGCUGUCUUUCAGUGUCAGCCUUUUAUUUGUCGUCACACGAGAAGAGAAGCAAUCGGAAGGGGCGUUGCUUUCAUGUCAUCAAUAUUCCGGAUGCUUGCAGAUGACAAGAGGAGGUGAAGAAGAAGAAGAAGAAGAACAAGAAGAAAAUAGGGAGGUGGUACAUACAUUGUAAACCGUGGGCGGCAUUCUUAUGUGCGAACAUGUAUGGACCGGACCAUAGACGAUAGUACAUACCCACCAGAUUACGAACAGAUAGAGAUGAAUCUGACGACGAUGACUUUAAUA